UAAAAUAGUACCAGCUUAUGCCUAUCCAUCAACAUGGUGCACUGCGGACGAUGCUCUGCACGGUGAAGCGAUGCCGUUGUGUACAGAUACUACGUACUCUCUGAGGGAGGGAUACCCCAAGGCUAUUCGGGGCGCUGCUGGUGGUGUGUUGAUCGCAUCGUUUUGGCAUGCUGACUGUCAGGAUAUAUGACUGAUAUAUAUAAAGGCUGCCUGGUGCCCACGCUCAAUUGAGCGACGUCGGCGCUCCCUCUCUCUAUCACUGCCUCUUACGCCAGCUGGCGGUCUGUUAUUGCUCAUCGCUCACGAACGAAAAGAACUGCGUUUACGCUCUUCUUUAUAGCUAGUACCUUCAGAAGAUGGCGCACGACCGCCUUGCACAACUCAGGUCUCAGCGUAGCGCAGGCGGUAUGUCUCCCACGAGCGCAGAACAAUACGAGAUGAACGUACCGAUGCUUCACAAUCCCGGUGGAAACCUACAGACAAUGGGGCUCUUCAAUGCUGAGGUCGACUCUAUCCUGGCUGGAAUUGCCACUUUCAGUAGCACGGUCUCCCAAAUAUCUACUCUACACCAACGCUCCCUUGCCACUGUAGUUAGUUCUGAUGACACGUCAACCGAGACAAUAACAGCACUCACACAAUCAGCUCGAUCACAAUCAAAUGAUCUCGCCAGACGUGUCGAACUCUUAUUUGGCUCUAUCUCGAGGGGGUUUGGCGGUACUGAUGCGGAGAAGAGUAUGAGGAGGAACAGGGCGGGGCUUGUGAAGAAGAAGCUGAUGGACACUGUUUCGGAAUUCCAGCAGGUAGAAAAGCAGAAUAGGACAAGGACAAGGGAUCGAGUGGAGAGACAGAUACGAAUAGUGAAACCUGACGCCACCUCCGAAGAGAUCAGUGCAGUCGUGAACAGCGAUGACAAUGCUGCUGCGCAGAUCUUCUCUAUGGCUAACCCUAUCACGGGUCGUUAUUCUGAUUCGCUUGCCAAUUACCAUGAAAUUCAAGGGCGACAAGCUGAACUGAAACGGCUUGAACAGACCAUGGCAGAAUUGGCACAGAUGUUCAUUGACCUCGGGCGACUGGUGGAAGAUCAGGACGAGGCUUUCGACGUUAUCAAUGACAACGCCUCUGACGUCGAGAAGAAUGUCGAGAAAGGUGACGAACAACUGACUACAGCCGUGCGCAUCGCAAGAGCGGUCAGAAAGAAGAAACAGUGGUGUUUCAUCCUUGCAGUCAUUAUCAUCAUCAUCCUUGUGUUCGUUAUACUUUAUGCUACUCAUGUUAUAGGGCCAAAGUAGUAGUUGACCUCGCUGGUCACUUCCGUGUUGUGUGCUGGGGUAUUCGUAGAGAACAUUCAGGACGUUCGCGUUAUGGACUCGGACUGGACUAUGUAGACUAAGGGACCACAUAUACUCGGGAUUGGACCUG